CAGCCCCACUUCGUACCCCGCAGCGAGCCAGCUUGGCACCAAAGCAAUUCUGCACGAGCAAAGCGGCGCUCAGGUUCAAGACGACGACGAUUCUGUACUCUCGCUGUCCCGUCAUGCUGUGUCAGAAUUCCUCCGCAGGACGGGCUUGCCUGUGCCCACAACGACUGGCGUCCCUGAUAACGCCGUCGCCGCGCGUAUCCAUGCCGCCAUCGCCGACUGGGACUUUGGCGGCAUCUCCACCGACCGCAUUCGCCGCCACACCGUCACCGCCACCAGCAUGGCGACUACGACGUUCGACCACAACCACCCCGACACCCAAGUGCACAUCGCGCUCUUCACGAUCCUUGCGCUCUGCGUCGAUGACCUCGAGGUCGACUCGGCUGCACUGUCUGAGUUCGUCGAGCGCCUCCAGACGGGCAAGGCGCAGCUACACCCCGUUCUCGAGCUGCUCGCCGACGCCGUGCGCCGGAUGCCCGAGUUCUUCCACCCGUACGCGGCGACAGCGAUCCUGAUCGGGACCGCGCACCAUGUCAACUGCACGCUGUUCGAGAAGCAGACAGACAGCACACCACUCCAUCCCGUGGCGCUGCCGUACGUGCUGUAUAAGCGGGCGAGGAACAGCCUCGGCGAGGUGUACUCGUCAUUUGUCUGGGACAAGUUCAACUUCCCAGACAUAUCGGCGCAUAUCCAGGUCACCCCGGAAACGAUGAUCUACCUGGACUAUGCCAGCGACAUCCUGUCAUUCUACAAGGAAGAGAUGGCCGGCGAGCGGCACAACUUUGUGCACGAUCGUGCGCACGUCACGGGCAAGGACAUUAAGACGGUGCUGUCGGACAUCCUGGACGAAGUUGUCGGUGCCGUCGAGCGUGCCAGGAACAUUCUGCAGGGCGGGAAGGAGCGUGAGACGUGGGAGAGGUUCCUGGCAGGCUACGUCGCGUUCCACUUCCUCUCGCCACGUUACAAGCUUGCGCAGCUUACUGAUACCACCGCCGUGUGAGCAGCCGUCUUGGAGUGCUGUCAACGUCGGUGUUUAUAGAUUGUCUACUACAAAUUAUCAAGCUGCGAGUCACCUCGGAAAUCUGCCAUCGCGUUUAUAGAUUCUUC